CAUGAUUUAAAAGUGCCUGUGGGAAGUCACUUUGGCUGGAAACUGCAGCCAGGGAGCUCCUGUGUUUUCAAGUCUUGUUUUCCUGUCCAAUACACGUUACGUCGACCUUACAAGUGGAUGAAGAUACCUCAGUUGUCUGACUUUACCGACUACUUGUUUUCCGAGUUUAUAAAGGUGGGAGGAAACAGAAAUCCUGCUAAGAGCUGAACAUCUAAGUGGCUUCUUCUCCAGCACCACCGAUAGCUGUGAGCUUCGAACUGGAUAUAUUCUCCCAAGGAGUGCUGUGAUAUUGAAGUUCCUCAUUAAAAACAGUGUGUCUGCAACACAAUCAGGAGACUGGGACACUGACAGCCAGAGAUGACACCUAGCAUGCUUUUGUUUCGGCCUGCAGUCUUCAGGUGGGGCACAUUGAUUGAUGAGUGACUGCUUGCCAAUACGUUCUCUUCUCACUCUGUUCCUUGGAUUGGACUUCAUUAAGCAAUUUAUCACUUAACCUUCAGGCUUACAUGUGGGGUUUUUCACAAUAGUUUUGCAUCAUUGGAACUUGGGUUGAUUUAAUCACUUAACAGAAAGGAACAGAAUCCAAAUUACUUGAUUGCCAUGGCUUUGAAUGUUGCCCCAGUCAGAGACACUAAAUGGCUGACGUUAGAAGUCUGCAGACAGUUCCAGCGAGGAACCUGCUCACGCUCCGACGAGGAGUGCAAAUUUGCUCACCCCCCCAAAAGUUGCCAGGUUGAAAAUGGAAGAGUAAUCGCCUGCUUUGAUUCCCUAAAGGGCCGUUGUUCAAGAGAGAACUGCAAGUAUCUUCACCCUCCAACACAUUUAAAAACUCAACUAGAAAUUAAUGGGAGGAACAAUUUGAUCCAGCAAAAAACUGCAGCAGCAAUGCUUGCCCAGCAGAUGCAAUUUAUGUUUCCAGGAACCCCACUUCAUCCAGUGCCCACUUUUCCUGUAGGUCCCACAAUAGGGACAAAUACGGCGAUUAGCUUUGCUCCUUACUUAGCACCUGUAACCCCUGGAGUUGGGUUAGUCCCAACAGAAAUUCUACCCACCACACCUGUUAUUGUUCCCGGAAGUCCACCUGUCACUGUCCCGGGCUCAACUACAACUCAGAAACUUCUCAGGACUGACAAACUGGAGGUAUGCAGGGAGUUCCAGCGAGGAAACUGUGCCCGGGGCGAGACCGACUGCCGCUUCGCACACCCCGCCGACAGCACGAUGAUCGACACAAACGACAACACCGUAACCGUUUGUAUGGAUUACAUAAAGGGGCGUUGCAUGAGGGAGAAAUGCAAAUAUUUUCACCCUCCUGCACACUUGCAGGCCAAAAUCAAAGCCGCGCAGCACCAAGCCAACCAAGCCGCGGUGGCCGCCCAGGCAGCUGCGGCCGCGGCCACAGCCUGGGCCUUUCCACCUGGUGCUCUUCAUCCUUUACCAAAGAGACAAGCACUUGAAAAAAGCAACGGUGCCAGCACGGUCUUUAAUCCCAGCGUCUUGCACUACCAGCAGGCUCUAACCAGUGCACAGUUGCAGCAACACACGGCGUUUAUUCCGACAGGGUCAGUUUUGUGCAUGACACCCGCUACCAGUAUUGUACCCAUGAUGCACAGCGCUACGUCAGCCACUGUCUCUGCAGCAACAACUCCUGCAACAAGUGUCCCCUUCGCAGCAACAGCCACAGCCAAUCAGAUAAUUCUGAAAUAAUCAGCAGAAAUGGAAUGGAAUGCCAAGAAUCUGCAUUGAGAAUAACUAAACAUUGUUACUGUACAUACUAUCCUGUUUCCUCCUCAAUAGAAUUGCCACAAACUGCAUGCUAAAUAAAGAUUUAGUUCUUCUGGACAGACCACAACUCUAAGGAGCUAGUGCUGCUAUAUCAUAUAUGAGUAUUAAAUAUGGUAUGCUUAGUAUAUUCCAACCUAAGAUAGUUAACUACCUGAGACCAGCUGUGAUGUUUAAAGACAUAAAGGAUCAAGUUUACUUUGAAAGGGUUUCUAAACAUAGUUUCUGUCCUAGGAAUAUUGUCUUAUCUCCAUAACUAUAGCUGAUGCAGAAAGUCCAACCAAUUUACUCAUUUCGACUCAGAAUAUUUCAAAGUUAGCAAUAAACAAAUAGCAGUAGUUUAAAACCUAUUCCAAGGGCAGGUUCAAUUCCAACUCCAAUUACUGUCAUUUCAUUUUCCCACUGGAUUAAAGGGUAUGUUUCACUUCUUGACACAAAUGCUGCAGCAAAGAUGAGAAGUGAAGUAAAAAACUGAUACCUGUCCUGCAGGUCUAAAAUUUGAAUGGAAAUUCAAGCACAAGUACUGGGGACACAUCAAAGUGUGGUAUUUUGUUUGCCUGGAGAUGCCGUAUUGAAUCAUGUGAUUCUAGAGUAACAUUAACUAGAUUGCAAGAGAAACUUUGCACGGUAUGAGCUUCAUACCCCACCAAACAAAGUCUUGAAGGUAUUAUUUUACAAGUAUAUUUUUAAAGUUGUUUUAUAAGAGAGACUUUGUAGAAGUGCCUAGAUUUUGCCAGACUUCAUCCAGCUUGACAAGAAUGAGAGGCCCAUGUCAAGAGUCUAAUCUAAUGGAUUAGUCUUUCAAACUCACCAUCCGUUUGCCUGUUACAGAAUAACUCUUCUAAACUAAAAACCUAGUCAAAUAAGGAAGCUGUAGGUGAGGAGAUCUGUAUAAUAUUCUAAUUUAAGUAAGUUUGAGUUUAGUCACUGAAAAUUUGACUGUGACUUUAAUCUAAAUUACUAUGUAAACAAAAAGUAGGUAGUUUCACUUUAUAAAAAAUCCAUUACUGUUCUGCAUUUCAAAAAGUUGGAUUAAAGGGUUGUAAAUGACUACAGCAUGGAAAAAAAAUAGUUCUUUUAAUUCUUUCACCUUAAAGCAUAUUUUAUGUCUCAAAAGUAUAAAAACUUUAAUACAAGUACAUACAUACAUAUUAUAUAUACACAUACACAUAUAUACUAUAUGGAUGAAACAUAUUUUAAUGUUGUUUACUUUUUUAAUACUUUGUUGUUCUUCAAGGUAAUAGCGAUAUAAUUAAAUUUUGUUCAGAAGGUUUGUUUUAAAGUUUAUUUUAAGCACUAUCGUACCAAAUAUUUCAUAUUUCACAUUUUAUAUGUUGCACAUAGCUAUACAGUACCUACGUAGUUUUUAAAUUAUUGUUUAAAAAAUGAAACAGCUGUUAAAAUGAAUAUGUGUAAUUGUUUAAAACAUCCAUUUUUUGUGAACAUAUUAGUGAUUGAAGUAUUUUGACUUUUGAGAUUGAAUGUAAAAUAUUUUAAAUUUUGGCCUCACAGCCUGUUCUGAAAACUGUAUGCACCAACCAUAUCAUUUUUUUUAGAAAAAAAAAGAAAUUCACCAUUUUAAUUAAUGUUGAUCAAAGUCUAAUGACUAUCUUAUAUCAUAGAUUUGAUAACCCUAUAAAAAAUCACAUUCUAAGUGUAAUCUUACAUAGUGCUUGUAUUGUUACAUUUGUUUUAAUUUGUGGGAAAGUAUUGUAUCUAACUUGUAUUUCUUUGGUAGUUUCAUCUUUAUGUAUUAUUGAUAUUUGUAAUUUUCUCAACUAUAACAAUGUAGUUAUGCUACAAGUUGCCUAAAACAUUCAAACUUAUCUUCUUUUUUCUUUUUUUCUUUGUUAAUUCACUUAAACUCAUUGAAUACAUAGUAUCCAUUACUAAAGGUAAAUUAUGUGAAUCACUGAAAUAUUUUUGUAGACUAAUUGUUGUAACAUUGUCUUUAUUGUUUUUCUUUUAUUUCAUGAUUUUGAUGUUAAAAAUCAUUAGCACACAACUAUUUUCAGCCCUUUAAUGAGCAUCAACAACAUCACCUGUAUCCCCAAGCAAAUAUAGAGGACUGUAUUUUUACUAUGAUAUCCAUUUUCCAGAAUUGUGAUUAUAAUAUGCAAAGAGUCAUAAAUAUGCCAUUGACGAUAAGGAGGAGGCAAGGCAAAUGCAUAGAUGUACAAAUAUAUGUACAACAGAUUUUGCUUUUUAUUUAUUUAUAAUGUAAUUUUAUAGAAUAAUUCUGGGAUUUGAGAGGAUCUAAAACUAUUUUUCUGUAUAAAUAUUAUUUGCCAAAAGUUUGUUUAUAUUCAGAAGUCUGAUAUGAUGAAUAAAUCUUAAAUGCUUUGUUUAAUUACAAAAACAAAAUCACCUAUAUCCAAGACAUGAAGAUAGCAAUUCAACAAAUAAUGUAGUUAAGAGAUGAACUCACCACUUGUAUGGGAACUACAUUUCACUCUUGGUUUUCAGGAUAUAAUAGCACUUCACCGAAAUAUUCUUUUAGCCAUACCACUGGUAAACAUUUCUACUAAACCUUUCUGUAACACUUAAAGAAUUUCCUCAUUCAUUACCUUACAGUGUAAACAGGAGUCUAAUUUGUAUCAAUUCUAUGUUUUGGUUGUAAUAUUCAGUUCACUCACCCAAUGUACAACCAAUGAAAUAAAAGAAGCAUUUAAAAGGA